AUGCCAGCGGCGCCAAUCCCGAUAGCAGUCGCUGGGUCAAGCAGUUGCGCGCCACCACCGCAAGAGGCCGGCAGCCCAUGGCCGGACCUCCCGCCAGAGUUGCUGCGGCUGGUGGUCCUGCGCGUGCCAUCCCACGCCGACUGCGUCCGCCUCCGCGCCGUGUGCCGGCCGUGGCGCUCCGCGGCGAGCGACCUGCCCCCGCUGCUGCCAUGGCUCGCCCUCCGCGACGGCACCUUCCUCAGCCUCCCCGGUGGCGUUGUCCACCUCCUGCCCGCCAUCCCAGCCAAUGUGGCCAGGCGUGUCUCCACCGGCGGCAUGCUCUUCCUCUUGCACGACGACGGCGGCUGCUCCCUCAUGAACCCUCUCACCGGGGAGACGACCCCGCAACACGUCGACCACGACAUCCUCUGGUUUCAGGUGACAAGAUUGAAUCCCCUCUACCUCAUCCCGUACAACAUCCGCAAGAUUGUGGUUUCGGACAACAUGUUCGUCGUUUCAAGCUGCAACUACUCCCGAUUGCACAUCUUUACCCGCGGGCCGCGGCCGCAAGUAGGCUCCAUUAAGCUGUCUCCGUUGAUUCCGGAUGGCAUGGCACUCUUCAAAGGCAAGCUCUAUCUGCUCACUGGUUGUUUGACUUCGCCGGAUGCGCACCGGGAGCUCCAUGUCCUGGACUUGAGGUCGGGCCUGCAGCACCAACCAUCCGUCCAAUGCUGUAUACCAGGCACCACAACAGAUUGCUUCUCGGACGGCGUCUACAAGCGCUAUUACUACUUGGUCGUGUCCGGUGACCGGCUGCUCAUGGUUGAACGGGAGAUCGAAGUGGACCGCGUCUCUAAUAAACGAAUCCGGACUCGGUGGCUCAAGGUCUUCGAGGCAAUGGACCUGGACUUGGACUGCGGCCAUGGACGUUGGAGGAAGGUUGAUAGGUUGAAGGGGCGUGCUCUUUUUCUCAGCCUAGAAUGCUCUUUCUCGCUCCCAGCUUCUGUUGAUGGCUGUGCGGUUGGAGUUGGAGCUCAGGAAGACUGCGUCUACUUUGUAAGAGAGCUUAAGCUCAGCACUCACCCUACAUGUUUGACAAAGGCCGAGGGCGAUCAUCUCUGUUGCGGCGUGUACAAAAUCAUAGACCAGACCGUGGCGCCAUUACCGACAGAGAUGCUGGCCAAGACAGCGGUAUCACAUGCCGGUCCAUGGUCCUUGACCUGGUUCCCUUUGCCCCCAAACUGA